CCCCACGCCAGCACCGUUUCUAACGGAAAGAGGGCGGACCUUAGGGGGCUGCGAGUCGGCGGCACGUGCGGGUCCCUGACAACUGCUGCAGCGCGAGGAGCGGGGAGCUGGAUAGCCGCUACGGUCACUGUAACAGUAUCCUAGACACCAUUUUAUCGGUUAUUAAAGAAGACUUGCUGCAGGAAUCAAAAAAAUGGGGCUUGGGGAUGGACGGGACCAGUAUGAACUGGCGGCAACCUCAGAGCAGGGGGGCAAGAAAAAAGUCAAGCAAAAAAAAAAAGAAAAGGACAUGGAUGAGCUUAAAAAGGAAGUAGAUAUGGAUGACCACAAGCUGACGCUGGAUGAACUUCACCGCAAAUAUGGCACAGAUCUGACGAGGGGGCUGACGACAGCACGAGCUGGAGAGAUCCUGGCUCGUGAUGGUCCCAACGCACUCACACCACCACCAACCACCCCAGAAUGGGUCAAGUUCUGCAAACAAAUGUUUGGUGGCUUUUCCAUGCUGCUGUGGACUGGGGCUGUCCUUUGUUUCCUAGCAUAUGGCAUUCUGGCAGCCAUGGAGGAGGAGCCAGCCAAUGAUAAUCUGUACCUGGGUGUUGUGCUCUCUGCUGUUGUUAUCAUAACUGGCUGCUUUUCAUACUAUCAAGAGGCCAAAAGUUCCAAGAUUAUGGACUCCUUCAAGAAUUUAGUCCCGCAGCAAGCUCUUGUGAUUCGCGAUGGUGAGAAAAAGAGCAUCAAUGCUGAGGAUGUAGUAGUUGGAGAUUUAGUUGAAGUUAAGGGAGGUGACAGGAUUCCUGCUGAUUUGAGGAUCAUCUCUGCUCAUGGCUGCAAGGUGGACAAUUCAUCCCUCACUGGCGAAUCUGAGCCUCAGACCCGUUCUCCCGAUUUCUCAAAUGAAAAUCCCCUGGAGACAAGGAACAUAGCUUUUUUUUCUACCAACUGUGUAGAAGGCACUGCUCGUGGCAUAGUUAUCAGUACAGGAGACCGUACUGUGAUGGGACGCAUUGCCACCCUUGCUUCUGGUCUGGAGGUGGGACGCACCCCCAUUUCUAUUGAGAUCGAACACUUCAUCCACAUCAUCACAGGUGUAGCUGUCUUCCUUGGAGUUUCCUUCUUCAUACUUUCACUCAUCCUGGGCUACUCCUGGCUGGAAGCUGUCAUCUUCCUCAUUGGAAUCAUUGUGGCAAAUGUGCCUGAAGGUCUUCUGGCUACAGUCACAGUGUGUCUAACCCUGACUGCUAAGCGCAUGGCCAAGAAGAACUGCCUGGUGAAAAACCUGGAAGCUGUGGAGACCUUGGGCUCUACGUCCACUAUCUGCUCUGACAAGACCGGUACCCUGACCCAGAACCGAAUGACUGUGGCCCACAUGUGGUUUGACAACCAGAUCCAUGAGGCCGACACCACAGAGAACCAGAGUGGAACCUCAUUUGACAGGAGUUCCUCCACCUGGACUUCUCUGGCACGCAUUGCUGGACUUUGUAACCGUGCUGUCUUCCUUGCUGAACAAACUAAUGUACCCAUCCUCAAGAGAGAUGUUGCUGGUGAUGCCUCUGAAUCUGCUCUGCUAAAGUGUAUUGAACUGUGCUGUGGGUCUGUAAAGGAGAUGAGGGACAAGUACCCUAAGAUUGCAGAAAUCCCCUUCAAUUCCACAAACAAAUACCAGCUCUCCAUUCACAAGAACCCCAACUCCUCUGAGCCUAAGCACAUCCUGGUGAUGAAGGGAGCCCCUGAAAGAAUCCUGGACCGCUGCUCCACCAUCCUGAUUCAGGGCAAGGAGCAGCCACUAGAUGAUGAGAUGAAAGAUGCCUUUCAGAAUGCUUACUUGGAACUGGGUGGUCUUGGAGAGAGAGUGCUGGGAUUCUGUCAUUAUUUUCUCCCUGAUGAUCAGUUUCCUGAGGGAUUUCAGUUUGACACUGAUGAUGUGAACUUCCCCACUGAGAACCUGUGCUUUGUUGGCCUCAUGUCCAUGAUUGACCCUCCCCGUGCUGCAGUGCCUGAUGCUGUGGGCAAGUGCAGGAGUGCUGGAAUCAAGGUUAUCAUGGUUACUGGUGAUCAUCCAAUUACUGCAAAAGCCAUUGCUAAGGGUGUAGGUAUCAUCUCAGAGGGCAACGAAACUGUUGAGGACAUCGCUGCUCGUCUGAACAUUCCUAUAAAUGAAGUCAACCCCAGAGAUGCUAAGGCCUGUGUUGUUCAUGGAGGUGACCUUAAGGAUCUGACCUCAGAGCAGCUGGAUGAUAUACUGAAACAUCAUACUGAGAUUGUUUUUGCAAGAACCUCUCCCCAACAGAAGUUGAUCAUUGUGGAGGGCUGCCAGAGACAGGGUGCCAUUGUAGCUGUAACAGGUGAUGGAGUGAAUGACUCCCCUGCCCUGAAGAAAGCUGACAUCGGUGUUGCUAUGGGCAUUGCUGGGUCUGACGUUUCUAAGCAGGCUGCUGACAUGAUACUUCUCGACGACAACUUUGCCUCCAUUGUAACUGGAGUUGAAGAAGGGCGUCUGAUCUUUGAUAACUUGAAGAAAUCCAUUGCCUACACCCUGACGAGUAAUAUUCCUGAGAUCACCCCCUUCCUUCUCUUCAUCAUUGUUAACAUCCCUCUGCCUCUGGGAACAGUCACCAUUCUCUGUAUUGAUUUAGGGACUGAUAUGGUGAGUAUUUUAGAGUUUGUUUUGACCAAACAGUUUUUAUUCAAAAAAAUAUUAAUACUCCAAUUUUUACUCUACAAGGUUCCUGCCAUAUCUUUGGCCUACGAAGCUGCUGAAAGUGACAUUAUGAAGAGACAGCCCAGAAACCCCAAAACGGACAAACUAGUGAACGAGCGACUUAUCAGCAUAGCAUAUGGCCAGAUUGGUAUGAUACAGGCGCUGGCUGGUUUCUUCACUUACUUUGUCAUUCUUGCUGAGAAUGGGUUCCUGCCCUCUACGCUACUCGGAAUCCGCGUUGGGUGGGACGACAAGUACUUGAAUGACUUGGAGGACAGCUAUGGUCAGCAGUGGACUUAUGAGCAAAGAAAGAUUGUGGAGUUCACCUGCCACACAGCUUUCUUCACCAGUAUUGUGAUAGUGCAGUGGGCUGAUCUUAUCAUCUGUAAGACCAGAAGAAACUCUGUCUUCCAGCAGGGCAUGAAAAAUAAAAUCCUCAUCUUUGGACUGUUUGAGGAAACUGCCCUGGCCGCUUUCCUGUCCUAUUGCCCUGGAAUGGAUGUUGCUCUAAGAAUGUACCCGCUGAAACCUAACUGGUGGUUCUGCGCUUUCCCCUAUUCACUCCUCAUCUUUAUUUAUGAUGAAAUUAGAAAACUUAUUCUUCGACGCAGCCCAGGAGGUUGGGUGGAACGAGAGACAUACUACUAGCACCUUCUGUAUAACACAUUUUUUGCAUGUUAGUCUUGCUGCUCUGACUUAAUAUUUGUAACUUUGGAUGUUUUUAUAUAGAGAAUGCUCAACACAACUCAGAUCGUAAAACUAAGACAUUGUGUGCCUUUGUUUUGGAGCAGGGCAUUUUAUAUGUUUUUAUCUGUGUAAUAUGUAAUAAACUCAGUCAGGUCCUCUUGGCCUUUGCCUUUUUGUAAUGGGAGAAUUGAACCAAUUUGGACAGAUGUUCGUCAGACUCAGAAGUCUGACAUUUUAGUGUAUUUUUCUAACUGCAGCAUCCUAGUAGGACCUAGGGUAGUAGAAGAUGGUUGUUACUGUAAAACAUGGAUAUACUUUUUCAGAAGCUGCUUGUUUUUAUGUAAAAGCAGUUUAGAUUGGGCAUAUUUGCUGUGUUUAUUAAUUACAGUGAUGUGCCUUGUUUAUGUUUGUGUUGGUUCCAGCAUUGGGGUAACUUUAUAAGCUUUAGGAAGUUUUAGUGCCCUUGGCAGGAGUUCAUAUUUUUAUGAGGAUCAAGAAUGCAUAAAACCCAUACUCUUCUCAUUCAAGGGGCACAGAGAUUUGUUGACGUGAAUUUUCUCAGGAUGGGGGAGCACCUCCUUCCUCAUUUUUUGCCACAAAGGGACAGUUCUGCCUUUAGAAAAUGUUCAGAAAGUGAGUAGGUAACCAUAAAGUUAUACAUCUCCUAGAUGUUAUGGAGUAGCUUAAUUUGACAUUAUACUCUAUCUAACAAUUCUGCAAUAUGUUCACAUUCAUUCCUUGGAUCAAAUUCAGAAGACUGAAAACUCUUAUGGCCCCCUUCUCCCAGCUAUUUCUAAUGAAGUGUAACCCUCUGGCAUUUGAAUGUUGAUCAGUGGUGUUCUUGUUCACGCAUAACAGAAAGCAGUUAUUAUAAAGGGGUCCUUUUAUGCAGGUCUCAUUUGCCUUAAACUUCCCAGACAUUUCUCAGGCUUUUUUCCAUUGUCUGAAGGCCCUCCAAACAGAGCUAACUCUCUCCACUUCUACACGGCCACUGCAGGAUUGGCAAGACGUGAAAGAAAGCGAGGGAGAAAGAGACCUGUAGGCAUGGAUACAGCCCACUGUCUUAGAGCUAUUUCAGUUCCAUUGAAGAAGCACUUUGUGUGAACAUUAGAUAUUCAGCACUGAAAGCAGGCAUGAAGUUCUAGAGUAUUUUUCAUUCAAGAUAUGGUUAUUCUUGUCUGUUGAUAUAAAAUCCACAACUUUAGUUCCACACUUUAUUUCCUUUAGUCUUGUUCUCAAGAUAAUAUUGGAAGAAAUGAUAACUGAUACGUUUAUACCAUUUAUAAAAGACACACUAGUUAAUACUGACCCUUCCCCAGUACGAGUAGUUUUUCAAUUUAUCACGGGUUUUCUUCAUAAAUUCAGACACGUACAGUGGAUAUUUUGAGAAAAACCAUAAGAAACUCCAAAGAUAGGUCUUUGCAGAGCUGCACAACUACAGAACAGCUACAUAAUGUGACACAUUUAUACUUUUAAUUGUAUGAAAUAUUAUUAGGUGACUCUUGCUUAGAGUCUUUGCAUAAGAGAUGUUACUUAGCAGUCACCAGUUACUAACAUAAGCAUUCAUUCAUGUGUAUGUAUUGUUUAUAGCACAUCUUACGACAAGGUAUUUCAGGCCAUUCAUAUGAUGGGGUGCCCAUAUUUAUCAGCCAAAAUUAUGAUUUUCUUGGGUAGAGUUCUCAUUGUACCAGAAAUAACAUUUUAUAACCUUGUUUACUGAUAUGUAAAUUGUGUCAGUCACCACAAACUGUCAGAUGACAUUCAUAAAUUGCUUGUCCAAGGAAAUACCAUUGUACCCAAGGGCAGGCUCACUAAUUGUAUCAAGAUACGAUAACCACACAGCCAAUUGAUUUUGACUUUGGGGAGUUUGAACAAGAAUGAAGUCUAAUGUACAUGAUGCUAUAAUGACAAAAAUAGCUGAAUGGCUGAAUUCUCACUUCAAGUAUUCACAUUGGUAUUGGUUCAGAAUAUUAAAUAGCCAGACUUGAUACAUGAUUAGUAUCUACUCCCAUUAUGGUGAUUUUAGCUCUGUCUUUCAGUGCAUUACUGUUGUUGCAGCAAAAUGAAACAGGAACAUAAGCUGCAGGGCUGAGCAUUCACAGAGGGUUUAUAGAGAAUUUAAAGAAAAGAAAACAGAAACUGGACAUAUGCUGAAAAAUUCUAAUAAAACCUUAUUACACUGACAUAU